UCCGCUUUCUGAAGUGUGACGCCGGCACCAGAACAGAAUGGCUUCAGAAAUGUCUGCAGUCAGUGCUGGGGCUGUACUCUUGUUUGUUCUGUUCUUAAUUUUGAUGCUGAUUUCUUGUCAAAGAAAAAAAAGUCAACAAGGAGGAGCAGCAUCUGGACCUCUGCAGGGUUUGUAUCUUUUUCUUUUUCGCUCUGCACCUCCAUCACUUCCCGGCCCUCCAGGCCACUUUUUGAUUGGCAAUAUGAUGGAGCUGAUGCACGAUCACCUACCAAUUCACCUGACUAGCCUCGCCCAACGCUAUGGGAGCAUUUACCGCCUUAAAUGUGGAAACACAACCAUGGUGGUGCUUAAUAGUGGAGAACUGAUAAGAGAAACUUUGGUGAGGAAAUGGUCUGACUUUGCUGGGAGGCCAAUCUCAUACACAGGUGAUAUUGUGUCUGGGGGAGGACGGAACAUUUCUCUUGGGGAUUAUACUGAGGAGUGGAGGGCACAUCGCCGCCUCGUCCAUGGCGCCCUGCAGCGCUGCUGCCAGCAGUCUUUACACAGUGUGAUUGAGAGGCAGGCUCUUCAUCUGAGAAAGGUUCUGAUGGGCUACCAGGGCAGCCCUGUUGAUCUCUCUGAAGACUUCACAGUGGCAGCCAGCAAUGUCAUCACCACUUUGGCCUUCGGUAAAGAAUACGAUAAGAGCUCAUCAGAGCUGCAGCAGCUGCACAGCUGUCUGAAUGAGAUUGUGUCUCUGUGGGGGUCCUCUUGGAUUUCUGCACUGGAUUCCUUCCCACUGCUGAGAGGAUCACUUGUUCUUUUAAAGAAAUUGCCCAACCCCGUAUUUGCUCGUCUUCUUAAAGAGGUGGCCAGGAGAGAUGAAAUCAUUAAGCAACACCUUGAUAAUUUUAAGUUGCAAGGGCAUCAAAGUGAAGACUCCAUAACUGGAUCCCUCCUCCAAGCUCUUGACAAACAUCAGAACACUAAAGAAGGACAGCUGUUGACGGAUGUCCAUGUUCACAUGGCGACUGUGGAUCUUCUCAUUGGGGGAACUGAAACCACGGCAGCCUGGCUGAACUGGACCGUGGCCUUCCUGUUACACAGGCCAGAGAUACAAGACAAAGUAUAUGAGGAGCUGUGCACAGUUCCAGAAGGACGUUAUCCAAAGUACAGCGACAGACAAAGACUGCCUGUCCUGUGUGCUCUGGUCAACGAAGUGCUCAGACUCAGACCAGUUGCUCCUCUAGCGGUUCCACACAGAGCCAUCAGAAACAGCAGUAUUGCAGGUUUCUUCAUUCCCAAGAAUUCUGUCAUCAUUCCUAAUCUUUUUGGAGCUCAUCACGAUCCUGCAGUCUGGUCUGAGCCGUACAGCUUCAAACCAGAGCGCUUUCUGGAAGGUGGAGGAGGCUCCACCCGUGCCCUUGUGCCUUUUGGAGGGGGAGCGAGGCUCUGCCUGGGGGAGUCUGUUGCCAAAAUGGAGCUCUUUCUUUUCACGGCUUACCUGUUGAGAGAUUUCCAGUUCAUCCUCCCUGAGAGCAACGUCUUCCCUCCUGACCUCAGAGGGAUUGCCACUGUCGUUCUCAAAAUCAAGCCCUACAAAGUCAUAGCUCGUCCGAGACCUGCAAUCGGUCCUUGACACACCACAGCGCCUGUGUGUUUUUCUGCAUCUUUUUGUUCACUUCUGUGGUGAUUAAAAGGUCUUUCAGUGGACUUGUUUUUAGUUUAAAGGAGAAAACACAGGAUUGAUGUGGAAAUCAGCAGCAAUUCCUUAUGUUAUAUUAUAUCUUGAAUAUAUAUCUUAUAUUCUCUGAAUCAGUCUGUCUCUAGUUUCUACAAAUGACUUUAGUAGAAGCUCCUUUCAAACUUUCAUCAGGCUUGACAGCACCAUCUUGUGGAUAAGCAAUGAAAACCUCAACUUGACCUCUGAAAACAUUGUUUUUUAUUUUGUCCCUUAUCAGAAAAUUACAACACUUUAGCAAAGAGAGAGAGAGCUUUGACAUUGAUCAAAACAUUAAAACUAUGUUUAAAAAAAUAAUUUGUUGUGUUUAUAAAGAUCUACUGAGGCUGUAUUAAUUAAAUCAUAACAUUUA